AUGGCUCGUACUAAGCAAACCGCUCGUAAAUCUACCGGAGGAAAGGCUCCCCGUAAACAGUUGGCCACCAAAGCCGCCCGCAAAAGCGCACCCUCCACGGGUGGAGUGAAGAAACCUCAUCGUUAUCGUCCAGGUACUGUCGCUCUUCGUGAGAUCCGUCGUUACCAAAAAUCCACAGAGUUGCUGAUUCGCAAGUUGCCGUUCCAACGAUUGGUCAGAGAAAUUGCCCAGGAUUUCAAAACAGACUUGCGUUUUCAAAGUGCGGCUAUCGGGGCUUUGCAGGAGGCCAGUGAAGCAUACUUGGUUGGUUUGUUUGAAGACACUAACUUAUGUGCUAUCCACGCCAAACGUGUAACCAUUAUGCCUAAAGACAUUCAGCUGGCCAGACGUAUCCGUGGUGAAAGAGCCUAA